UACUGUUGACGUGAAAAAUAACGGAGACUACUACACCUAAGGGGCGCUGUCUAGCUUUUUUUACUGAUUUUCCGAAGAAGGUCAUGGAGACUGUGCAGGUUACCGAUAAAGAUGGCGAGACAUUCAAUAUGCGCACGUACGGGGGCAUACAGUUCCCGGGCUUCUCUAAAGGAGAUCUGAAAACACGAGUGGACACGUUCAAAUCCAUCAAAGUUAGGGAAGAUGACGUCUUCAUAGCGUCAUAUCCUAAAGCAGGAAAACACUGGAUAUACGAGAUUACCAACAUGCUACUUACCGGAACGGUGGACUAUAUGACGUCAUACGCUACGUCAGGAUCUCUAGGGGAGACGUCUUUCGAGGAUAUGAAGUCACCAAGAAUUUUAGUCAGUCAUUUUUUAUUUCAAGAGUUUCCCACAGAAAUAUGCAGUAAGAAAUGCCGUGUAAUUUACAUCAACAGAAACCCGAAGGACUGUUCCGUGUCGUUCUACUGUCACCUAAAGAAAAUGGUGGAUGGCAGCUACAAUGGCACAUUUGAAGGAUUUCUACCUCUUUUUACAAGUGGAAAAGUUCCUUACGGGUCUUGGUUUGAACAUACACGACAAUGGGAGGCGGCACUACAGGAGCAACACAAUUUGUCGAUAUUGUAUCUGAAGUACGAAGACAUGAAACGGGACCUGUUAACAAGCGUACGGAACAUUGCAAGUUUUCUUGGGGUUGAAGACAAUCCUGAAUUAUUUGAGAAGAUUGUGGAGAAAUGCGACUUCAAGAAAAUGAAGAAUAGCGGUACAUUUGGCGCCCCCUGGAAAUCGCUCACAAAGGAUGGUACAUCUCCUAUAUGUAGGAAAGGUGAAGUUGGAGACUGGAAGAAUUGGUUUACGGUGGCACAAAACGAACAAUUUGAUGAAACAUACCAGAAGGAAAUGAAAGAUUCGAAGUUUACUUUCCAAUACACGUGAUAGACCUAGUUUUGUACAUUAAUAAUCUUAUCACUGUUUAUGAUCAGAAGCAUUCUAUUGGUAGUGAUCGUCAUUACGGGAAAUAACUGACAAAAAAGGACUAUCAAGGUGCUCUUCGCCAAAAUGAAAUGAUAUUGAUCCUGUAAAUGCACAUUAAUCGGAGGUUUAGUUAAUCCCAUCUUGUGAGUUGUAUACAACAAUAUAUGACUUUAGCUAAAUUAUCAAGUCCCUAUCACACUCAAACGAAGACCAUGUAGAUCGCACUACAUUCUGAAAAUUAAAAAAAAAAACCAUAGCGGGGACGUGGUCAAUCUUGGCAAUUAUGCAGGUUUAACGUCCUUAUAACGUCCCUAUCCAGUUCCUACCCCGAUCACACUAAUUCCAUACCACAUGAUCACAUGUGCACCACACCCAAUGCGUUCUUACUACGUUCAUUUAAUAUUCAACCAAACAGAUUUCUCUACCCGUGCACCCACAUGUGCCACGCACCUCUGGAUCUGGAUCUUGAUAUUAAUCAGCAUCCACUUACAAAUAAACACUACGAUGGACGAUUGAUAUGCUAUGAGCCUCGUAUUGAAGGAGGUACUCGAUGAUGUUCUUUUUAAGUCCUACUAUUCUCUGACGUGUACCCAAGGACUGGUCUCAUUUGGUUAGUUUGAAUC